AUGAGAGUGCAAAAGCAAGCCCCACCAAACGGCAAAAAAAUCGUUUUGUUGGCUACCAGCAAUUUUCGGACGGGCCCAGCCAAGUUUUCCUCCGCGUAUCUCGCUCCCCCGGCCACCCUCGGGGACACAAUUUUCUCGCCAAAUUCCACCCUUUUCGCUACCGUAUGUUUUGAUGACGCGCAACGCCGUCGUAACUGCCCCGUAGUGUGUGCGUGUCCCGUGUCUCUCCGUGUCUGUUCGUGGUGCGAAAUUCCCGUUUCGGGUUAUCUUUUGGCUUUGUGUGGCUGACCGGAGGUGGUGAGGCAGGGAAACCAGAUUUGGUUCCGUAGUUUGGUCCGAGCACGGUGUGUGGUGUGAGUGGGGCGUUGAUUUGUGCAUUCCGCAGUCGUCAGUGAUCGAACCACCCCCCUCCUACAGUAGUCGUUCAUCAUGUUGGCCCUCAUCAAUCGCAUCCUGGAUUGGUUCAAGAGUCUCUUCUGGAAGGAAGAGAUGGAGCUGACGCUGGUCGGACUCCAGUACUCCGGCAAGACGACCUUUGUCAACGUAAUCGCCUCAGGACAGUUCUGCGAGGAUAUGAUACCGACGGUCGGAUUCAACAUGCGCAAAGUGACCAAGGGUAACGUCACCAUUAAGGUCUGGGACAUCGGUGGUCAGCCCCGAUUCCGUUCCAUGUGGGAACGGUACUGCCGCGGAGUGAAUGCAAUCGUCUACAUGGUUGAUGCAGCGGAUUUGGAUAAGAUGGAAGCGUCAAGGAAUGAGCUGCAUUCGCUGCUUGAUAAGCCGCAGCUGGCCGGCAUACCGGUGCUAGUUCUAGGCAACAAGCGUGACAUACCCGGGGCACUCGAUGAAACAGGAUUGAUCGAACGAAUGAACCUAUCUACCAUACAGGAUCGAGAGAUCUGUUGUUAUAGUAUUUCGUGCAAAGAGAAAGACAACAUCGACAUAACGUUGCAGUGGCUGAUUGCCCAUUCUAAGAGCCAAAGCCGCUAAACGCCCGUUCCAGCCGGGACAAGCUCAGGAGUCACAUAUGACUGGGCCAAGUGCGAGCGGUGCGCUCAUGCUUGGCAACGAUCGCGCGUUUGGGGUGGGAAAUGCUAAAGUAGAGAAUCGCAACGAAAUGCAACAGUGCAAAGCUAGUGCGAACCAAGAAAAUCUCAUAAAUGUAACAUCGCGUAGCGUAUUCCUUCCGUAAGGUGCGCCUACCAAGCUAAAAGUAGUCAACACACUGUGUGGAGCCAAAUACCAACAGCACAUAACCGUUGGUCGAUAGGCCGGCGAGCAUCCGUAAACAGAACUGCGUAGGCAAAGCAACAAAAACACAAACCACGAACGCUCGUAGGCGAUAAGUGCGCUUCUCUUCGCCCCAUAUACCCUAUGUUCUAAUCGCUCCGAUUACGAGUCGUCACGAGUGAAAGUAAUGCAGCAGGGAUGUAAGGAGGCAUACCGUUACGGUUUCCACUUUCAGUCCUGGGAAAUGAGUUUGUGCCACUAGAGAACAUUUCAAUCAAAACAUACGUUCUAGAAUAUGAUAGGGCGGAAGCGUUUUGCAUAGUUUUGGAGCAGAACCCAUAGGGCUAAGCAGCAGCACAUUUACGUACGUAAUACAUCAAGCAAAAACAAAAACAGUUACGGCCAUCAAAAAACGGCCAUCUCGGAAUCCGCAAAACCUCAACUACACUACGCCUAAAGGAUUCAAAAAUCACUCACUUUCACCAGUCACACCUCAUUGAGACAAAAAACACAAAAAAAAACAAAAGAAAAGAAAUUUCGAAUUUGUAUCUGAUUUUAGAAAUCCGGUGUCAAUAAGGCGCAAUAUCAGAUGCUUGCGUCUACCUGGCAGAGCAGCAUACAUUAGUGUUAUCGCUAGAAUGUUGCAAACUACAAACUCUAUGACGUCCAGUCGCGUUCCAUUCUGUUUACCGACCGAUAGUCACCCGCGAUAACGAUAGGUCAUUCGUUCGAGGAUGCUUCAUUCAUUGUUUUUGAAUUAAGCUAAGGCCAAGAUGCUACCGAUGAAGCAGAGGGGAUGGGAAUCUAAAAGAGAGACGAGGGAGUCGAUAAAAGCGAAACAAGUGUUCCACGUGCUAGGCGUUUAAACAAGGGCGUUACACAAAGCUGUUAUAUUGGAUUAAUUAGCCGCGUAUGUAUAAUGUUUGGGUUUCAGUAGCAGGUUCACCUUAUAAAUAUCAAUGUUAAUGGAUGAUGGAGACUUGUGUGCGGCGACUGAAGAAGGGAAGAGCGGAUGUAUGAAUGUGAUACGCAGUAUAGAGGUUUUUUUCUUCUUUUAUUAAUCCUUUUUCGAUACCAGAGGUGGGCUUUCGCACCUUUUCCCCAAAAACUCGUCACUCCAACCCAUCUACUACGAAACGAAUGCAUAAAGUUUAGAAUCUUCUAGUGUCUUUUAUUUUAGUAUUGAGUUAUCGCUUGAUUGUAGGAGUACUUGGUUUUAGCUGCAAGCCUCCGACUGAGGGUGUUUUUUUUUUUA